UGCUAAAAUUUCCCUGAUAACCCACGGAGGUUACGUAAACUGUCAAAAAAAUACAAUUUCGAUCGGUUUCGAAAAAUUGCGUUAAUGAAAUAACACGUCGCCUCGAGCACUUUGCAUCGCUGGGGGUUUUGCAUGUUUUAAAACGAUUUUAUUAUUUUUAAUUAGAAAACUAACCGAUAAUUUACGAACCGAUCCUUAGCCUUCAGGUCAACAUGGCUGCGUCGGUAGGAAGGAUUUGCGGUGCGGGUCUCUUAAAAACGAACAACGGUGUUGUUCUUAAUCAAAUAAGCUCUUAUUCUACUGCCAGGGAAUGGACCAGAGGAAGAAAAGCUCUCUUUGCAACAAUUGGAGCUUUGGCUGGAGGGGCUGGUGCUUUAGCUUUUGCUUUAGACCAGUCGGUUCGCGCUUCUGAUUUGGAAUUGCAUCCACCAAAGAAUCCGUGGUAUCACAACGGGCUUUUAAACAGUCUUGAUCAUGCCAGCGUGAGAAGAGGUUAUGAAGUGUACAAACAGGUGUGCGCAGCGUGUCAUUCUAUGAAAUAUAUCGCGUAUCGCGACCUCGUAGGUGUAACCCACACGGAAGACGAAGCUAAAGCGGAAGCUGAAGAAAUCCAGGUAACUGAUGGCCCGAAUGAAGUUGGGGAAAUGUUUAAACGACCCGGAAAACUCUCCGAUUAUUUCCCAAGUCCAUAUCCAAACGAAGAAGCUGCUCGUGCUGCCAAUAAUGGUGCUUUUCCACCAGAUCUAAGUUAUAUCGUUCCAGCCCGUCAUGGAGGUGAAGAUUACAUCUUUGCUUUGUUAACGGGUUAUUGUGACGCUCCAGCUGGAAUCGUAUUAAGAGAAGGUCAAUAUUAUAAUCCAUAUUUCCCCGGUGGAGCUAUUUCUAUGGCUCAAGCUUUGUAUAAUGAAGUGUUGGAGUAUCAAGAUGGAACCCCAGCCACUGCCAGUCAAUUGGCGAAAGACGUCGCAACAUUUUUGAAAUGGACGUCCGAGCCAGAACAUGACGAACGUAAAAGAAUGUUGAUUAGAACGGCGGGAAUCUUUACCAUUCUUUUAGUGUUCACCUACUAUUUGAAGAGGCAUAAGUGGUCGGUGCUAAAAUCACGUAAAAUCGUUUUCAAUCCGAAGAAGUAACGAUUUUUAUAGAAUAAUUUAGCCCAAGAAAAAAAACAAACCGCCAAGAUAGUGUGAAAAGAAAAAUGAAUUAUCGUUUUCUUUAAGUCAAUUAAACAUCCCUUUUUCUUUUUUUUUGUACAUAGUAGGUGAAGUUGAAGAGCGACACCAAGAGGCGACAGUUUUUUUUUUAAAUAAUGAUAUGAGAGUAGUAGCAAUUUAUUAUUUUACCUCAUUUUUAAUUUUAAUUUAUACAUGAUUUUUUUUUUUCGUUUUAAAAUGGAAUUUUAACAUCUAUGUCGAUUAUUGGGGGCUUAACACCUAUUUGUUUAAAUAAAUUCUCAAAUGUUUAUA